AUGAGAUACGAUCCAUGGAGUGAAGAUUUUUCUGGUGAUUCAUUUGUUAAAACACUUGAUUAUAUAGAUUUAUAUUAUUUAUCUAAAUAUACGGUUUCAAAUGUAUUAUCAACAUCAUCAAAUAUAAAUAAUAAUGUUGCAAAAAUAACUACUCUGCCAAAUGGUGUACGUGUUACAACUCAAAAUAUACCUGGUCACUUUUCAGCAGUUGGAGUAUAUGUUGAUACAGGUUCAAGAUAUGAAACUGAAAAAAAUAUCGGGAAAACCGAUCAGAAGAAAAAAUGA